GAUCCCAGUAUUUUCCUGUCUCUGCACAGGACCUGCUGUGUGUUCCGUCUCUGCGGAGUUUUGUUUCCAGCCGUGCUCUGACAAAGGGCUUGUUCUGUGAAGCACGUCUUGUCCUCUUUGUCCAGCCUCUGGCUUAAACCACCGAAUCACAAAUAUUCUCCAGCUGGGAAGCAGAGCAAGGCAGAGAUGAAAAACCCAGAAGCCCAAGAGGAUGUUUCCCUUUCCCAGGGAAUCCGCAUGAUGUUUUACGUGAUGAAGCCCAAUGAAACGUCAUUCCAAACCCUGGAAGAGGUGCCUGAUUAUGUAAAACAGGCAACUCCAUAUUUCAUUUCCUUGAUGCUGCUGGAACUAGUUGUCAGCUGGAUCCGCAAAGGGAAGCCCCCAGGGCGUUUGGAUGAUGCACUAACGUCCAUAUCAGCUGGUGUUCUAUCUCAGCUUCCAAGAUUGUUUUUCAGGAGCAUUGAACUGACCAGCUACAUUUAUAUCUGGGAGAACUACAGGCUCAUCAUUUUGCCUUGGGAUUCUCCAUGGACUUGGUAUUUAACUUUCUUAGGAGUUGACCUUGGCUACUAUUGGUUCCAUCGCAUGGCCCAUGAGGUUAAUAUUAUGUGGGCUGCACACCAAACACACCACAGUUCUGAAGACUAUAACUUAUCCACAGCACUGAGACAAUCUACCUUCCAAAUAUAUACUUCCUGGAUAUUCUACUCUCCCAUGGCCCUCUUUGUACCACCUUCGGUAUAUGCUGUUCAUCUUCAGUUCAAUCUCCUCUACCAGUUUUGGAUCCACACAGAGGUCAUUGAUAACCUUGGUCCUUUGGAGCUGAUCCUUAACACGCCUAGCCAUCACAGGGUGCAUCAUGGCAGAAACCGUUAUUGCAUAGACAAAAAUUAUGCCGGCACACUUAUUAUAUGGGAUAGAAUUUUUGGGACAUUUGAGCCAGAGGAUAAAAAAGUUGUGUAUGGUUUGACACAUCCCAUUAAUACAUUUGAUCCACUCAAGGUGCAGUUACACCAUUUAGUUUACAUGUGGACUAAAUUCUGGGCCACACCUGGAAUCUUCAAUAAGUUCUCUGUCAUAUUUAAAGGACCAGGAUGGGGACCAGGUAAACCAAGACUUGGACUAAAUGAAGAAAUCCCUGAGGUCACCGGGGAAGAAGUUCCCUACUCAUCACCAGCGCCUUACCUGUUGAAGAUCUAUACAGUUGUACAGUUUGCUGUGAUGCUGGUCUUUUAUGAAGAGACCUUUGCAAAUAAAGCUGCACUGACUCAGCUCACUCUCCUGCUGAGGGUCUGCUUCUUUAUCCUGACUUUGACCUCCAUCGGAUUUCUUCUGGAUCAAAGACCUAAGGCAGCUGUUGUGGAAGCUUUCCGUUGCUUGGUGUUUCUAAUGCUGUUUCGAUUUGGCCCUCUGAAGCCUCUCAUCUCUUCCUUGUCAUUUGCUUUUGAGAUUUUUUUCUCCAUCUGCAUUGCUUUCUGGGGAGUAAGAAGCAUGCAACAACUUGUCUCUGGCCUUUGGAAAUAAUUUCAGUUUGUAUACAAUUCUCUCGUUUUAAUUAGUUGUCUAUAACCACAAUAUGUUGAUACCAACUACAAAAAUAAUGAUCCUAUGUCAUAAUUAAUGAACCACUUAUUUAGUGAAAGAUAAUAUACUUAUAUACUCUUGCUUGCUUUCCACAUUUAUUAUUUUCUUUUAAAAUUAAAGUUAGUUACAGUUACUUUAUUGAUUGACUUGACAAUAAAUGAUUUUAAGUGUAAUGAUAUUAUAUCCACUGGUAGCAUCUAAUGAGCAGAAGAAAAGGGAGAAAACAAAAAUAGUAAAAAAGAAUAAAGAUGCCAUUUGCAUUGACUUGACAGCUUUCCCUUUGCUGUUUGCUAAGACUGUUUGUGUUAUACACUAUUGAGUGGGCUCCACCUCCUGGCAACCCAAUGAAUGAGUGAUGUCCACAAGGCCAUCUUCAACAGCCUGCUCAGCUCCUGUAGACUCAAGCCUAUGGCUUCCUUUAUGCAGUCAAACCAUCUCAUAUUUGAUCUUCCUCUUUCUCUGCUGCCUUCUAUUUUCCUCCAGAAUUGUUGUCUUUUCCAAAUAACCUUGCCUUCUCAUGAUGUGUCCAAGUAGGACAGCUUCAAUUUUGUCAUUUUUGCCUCCAAUCAUGUUUCGGAUUUAGUUUGCUCUAGGAUCCACUUGUUCAUGUUUCUGUAGGUCCAGGGUAUCUGUAGAGCUCUUCUUCAACACCACGUUUCCAAUGAGUAAAUUUUCCUUAUCAACCUUCUUCACUGUCCAACCUUUGCCUCUGUACAUAGUAAUUGGGUAUAUGAAGUAUGGAUGAUCUUAGCCUUGGUCUCUAAUGACACAUCGUUGUUCUUGAUCUUUCCCAAUUCUUUCAUUGUUACCUUUCCAUGUCUCUCUUGAUUUCUUUACUGCAGUUUUCAUUUGAUGACUGAAUCAAGGUAAACAAAAUCA